AUGGGUUCCCGCAAACGGGCCAAGCAAAACCCUACGGCGGAAUCGAGCACGCCGCACCUAUCGCCCGCCAUGUCGUCGCUGGCGUCGCUGUCGGCCAAAGCCGCGUCAAAGUCAUCGAAACUCCAAACUCCUGCCACAGAAGAACCUCCUGCGACGCCGACAACCGCCACUCCAUCAGUGCCAGGCACACCGCGAUCUUCAAAAGCGGUAGCCAGCAAUGGCGAUGCUACGCCUUCUGCGAAACAGGCAUGCAACAUCCAACCUCCUAGCUUUCCUUCCUCUACCAAACCUCUGCAGCAGAAGAGCUGA